AUGCUGCUUGUGCCUGAUUGCAUAGGAGCGCUUGAUGGUACACAUAUCCAUGCAUCCGUUCGAAAGGAAAUUGUAGCUCGUUUCAAUGGGAGAAAACCAUAUCCCACCCAAAAUGUGUUGGCCACAGUUGACUUUGAAUUGAGGUUUACAUAUGGUCUAGCUGGGUGGGAGGGUUCAGCACAUGAUGCACUUGUUCUUCGUGAUGCUUUAGAAAGAGAGGAUGGUCUUAUUGUGCCUGAAGGCAAGUAUUACCUUGUAGAUGCGGGAUAUUCCACAAGAGCACGUUUUAUAUCACCAUUUCGUGGUGUUCGCUAUCAUCUUAAAGAAUUUAGUGCCCGCACACCAUCAAAUAACAAGGAACUAUUUAAUUAUAGACAUUCUUCAUUGCGCACUACCGUGGAACGAGCGUUUGGUGCUUUGAAGAAUCGCUUCAAAAUUCUCACAUCUAGACCCAUUCUUUCCAUAUCGAACACAAAUGGAUAUCGUGGUUGCAUGUUGCAUUUUACACAAUUAAAUUUUACAAGGAGGAUGGACUUAGUCGAAAUGACUCAAGAAAGCGAAAAUGUUGGAAGGAGAUGCCCAACUAAUUUUAGGUGGACAGCGAUCAUGACGUCAUUCUUGCUUAGAUGCUUAGUUGAGCAAGCAAACCUUGGCCUUAAAACUGACAAAGGUUUCAAGAGUACUGCUAUCAAUGCAGUUGCGAGGGCUGUUAGUACGAGGUUUAACAUGAUUUCACAUCCUAAUGAAGCGGUUUACAUCAAUAAGCCCAUUGAAGAUUAUGAGGAGAUGGCCAUUGUUUGUGGGAACGAUCAAGCAACAGGAUCAUUUGCAAGAACAGGUUCUCAAAGCUCUAGGAGUCUCGGUGUCCGCAUGGAAAUGCCAUCAACACCACCGACAUUGGAUUCUGACGAUCAACCACAAGGGUUGGAUGAUUGGGACUUCACUCAAUCACAACCUCCUCCGGCGGAAACACCAACAACGUCCACUUCGAAGGCGAAAGAAGUAAACAAGGGAUCAAAGCGUAUUAGGCGGGAAGAAUUGGAAGUCAUGCAAAAAAUCUCCAUUGGAUUGGAUAGGCUUGCAAGUGCUGCGGAGACGAACAAAGGUGUACAGUUGAGUAAGAGAUUGUACGAUGAGGUCAUGACUUUGAUUGGCUACUACAAUAAGUCUGAUCUUGGUUUAGCAUAUGACCAUUUGAAUGCCCAAAAUAAUCUAGCAACUGCUUUUAUAAACAAAGAUCAUGACCUUCGAUGCUUUUGGAUGGAUGGUUUCCUUAGGCAGUUGGGCCGUGAUGGUGGUGUUUGA